AUGAGCAAGAGAGUGCAGAAGGCUCGACAGAUACGGAAGCCAGGUGACGAAGAUUGGCCAAGUAGCACAGAUUCGGACACCAGACGUCCUGUGACACGGAGCCAAGAAGGACGAGCAGCAAGGAGGCCCAUUCUGAGGUCGCGUGCGGUAAGAGUGACCCGACGACAGGUGAAGGACGCACAAGAAACAAAAGGGAUGACCGACCACCAAGGCCCGGAGGUAUCGCUGCAACCACCAGUGGGGGAUCACCAUGACGAGGGUAAGAAGGGCAAACACGACGAGACAUCACACGUGGAAUCGGAGAACAUUAAGAAGAUGGCAUCGACUAUGAAGCAACUCACGAAGACAGUGGAGGAGACUGCUGGCAGUGGACGUGAUGGUGAACGCCGACGAACAGUUGAAAGGCAACGUCAACGAGGUGUUCCACGGGUACCACGAGCGCGAGGGGAUGAUCAAGCCGGGGUCAAUGCCGGUGGAACGUUGGAUCAUGAAGGAAGUCCACACUCAAGUGUACGGGCUGCUGGUGCAACCGAUAAUGAAGGUGCGGGGAAUAACGGUGGAGAGAUGGCGGCUAUGGCCACGGCCAUAAACGACUUAGCAACGAUGGUAGCAAGUUCCAGUGGUGCGUCGGACGAUGGCGGUAACGACAGUCCAAGCGAGAGCAGCAAUGAGGACAGUGACGACGAGGAUGAGUCUGACGAGGAUGCGAGCGAUGGGUCCGAUAGCAGUGACAACGACUCCAAUGACAGCCAGGAUCCGAGCAGUAGCAGCAGGGACUCCGGUAAUGAACCAGAAGAGUAUCGAGGUCGACGGCAGCGACGAGAUCAACGACGACGACGCGGCCAUCACGAACGAUACAUACAACGAGAGCGGCAUGAACGAAGGAAUCGAAACCGGAAGAGAAGCGUUAAAGACUUGGAAUUACCAACUUACACUCCAUCUCCUAAAGUUUCGGUCUCGACCUGGAUUGAUCACGUAGACUUGGCAUUGAAAGGUGCAGCGGAGUCGGGACGUGGCAAGUGGUCUGACCACACCCUGUACUUCAUCUUAGGGAAUAAGAUCAUGGAUACUGCGGCGCGUUGGUGGGUUAAUAUGAACAGGAGACUGCCCAAGCGUGACCGUACGUGGACCAACUUGAAGAAGGCGCUGUUGCGUAGACAUGGAGAAAAGUUGGAUAAAUCAGCUGCCGAGUGGAGGGUCAAUAUGCGUCGUAUGAUGCCUGGAAAAACUUAUGCUGACUUUGCAGCAGCUCUUCGUGACGUAGUAGGAUGGAACAAGGUUAGUGAACGCGUGUUGUUAGCACAAUUCUAUAGAAGCCUUGACAAGACGACGAAGAAACUAGUCAAGCAACGACCCAAGCCAAGGACUCUAGAAGAAGCCGUUGAUAAGGCAAAUGAAAUCGAUGAUUCUAUGGACAAUGUUGCUCUAGGAAUGAUGAAUAUCGGACAACCGUGGGCGACGGCGCCAAGUCCGUACUUAGUUCCUGUGGAUGGUACGACAGGUCAAACACUUGUGAUUCCGGGGAUUGGUGGAACCGGGUUGUCAACGGAGCUGAUGCCGGGAGGUUUGCACGGUACAACGACGACGGAUGGCGAUGGUGAAGCGGUAGCGCUGUUCACUAACCCUCUUGGAGUUUGGAAUAAGUACUCGGGUACGUGGGAUGUACCACCGGGACGCGUUUGGAACGGACAGUUCUGGUAUGAACCCAAGAAGAACGCCAGGAAGCGCUCUCCCGAGUAUCAGCCAUCGCCCAAACUGAAAGACGCGCAGAAGCCGGCCAGAACGUCCAAGACGAGAAUCGCGCCAGCUCCAUCUAGCAGUGACGAAUCGGAUGUGCGACCACCGAAAAAGAGAAUGAAGGCAGCUGUGCGGCAGACGACGGAACCACGAGCUGAGCCACGUACUGAACAACGGACGAAUGGUGGGCACUGGGACACUGGAUGGCUCAAUCCGAAAUGCUAUGCUUGCAAUCAGUUCGGUCAUUUCGCCAAGGACUGCACUGACGAAGGUGCCAGGACCAGGAACCAAGAAUACCUGAAGAAACGCCAAGAGGACAAGAAGACGCCGGAAAACGGGAAGCCGACGCAGUAA